AUGGCAGAGAACGUGAAUACGCCAGAGCUUCUGGACCUGACCAUUGACAAUAUCACACCCAACACGAUCAGGAUCAACAACCAAGGCAAGAAUGAACGGCUCAAGUUUCUGUUGGAUCGGCUCGUUACGCACCUGCAUGACUUCGCGCGCGAGACCCGACUCAGUACGGAUGAGUGGAUGACGGCGUUAUUGUUCCUGACCAAGGCCGGGCAGAUCUGCAGUGACGUUCGGCAAGAAUUCAUCCUCCUCUCUGAUAUCCUCGGCCUGUCCCUUCUGAUCGACAGCAUCAACCACCCGAAGCCGCCAAACGCCACAGAGGGCUCCCUCCUAGGCCCCUUCCACACGCACGAUGCGCCGACCCUGCCCAAUGGCGCGCGCAUGGCCAGCGACCCCGAGGGCGAGCCCAUGCUCGCGAUCUGCACCGUCAAGGACACCGACGGCAACCCCGUGGCCGGCGUCAAGAUCGACAUCUGGGAGACCGACAGCAGCGGGCACUACGACGUGCAGCAUUCGGACCGCGGCGAGCCGAGCGAGCGUUGCAUCCUCGUGAGUGACGAGCAGGGCCGCUUCUGGUUCAAGGGCAUCAAGCCCGUCAGCUACCCCAUCCCGCACGACGGGCCCGUGGGCAAGCUUCUGCUGCAGCUGGGCCGGCACUGCUAUAGGCCGGCGCAUGUGCAUUUCAUGUUCGAGAAGGAAGGCUGGGAUCACUUCAUCACCGCGCUCUACCUCCGCGGCGACCCGUAUGAGAAAUCCGACGCGGUCUUCGGCGUCAAGAAGAGCUUGACUAUCGAUCUCGACAAGGUGGACAAGAAGACGGCAGAGGAGUAUGACGUACCGGAAGGUACCUGGCUGCUGAGGAAAGACUUCGUGAUAAUCACCGAGAAGGAGAGCCUGGCGCUGAGAGAUGAACAGACAACAAAGGCGCUCAAAGAGCAGGGACUCAAGAUGAAGCUGGUUGACCAUUUGCCUGUGCCAGACGUAGACUGA